CAAGUAUAAUAAAACGUUCAUGCAAAGUUUAUAGAGCGGAACACUUGCCACGAGAGGUAGAGCGGACUUUUCCAUUCUGUACACUUGUGCUUUUUGGGAUGUUUUCCAGUUGCAUGUGCUGUCAGUCACAGACUUGCAGCCUGGUCCAUAGUUGACAGCAAUUUAAUUCUCAGCCACUGAUGUCAUUUAGGAGGUCACUGCAGUUACAGAAAAACCAACCAUCUGAACGUGUUCUGGCUAAUCUCAGCAACGCUGGAGCAAGUGCUGCACGGGAAUACUGCUAAUGCAAUGCAGAAACAGGAUGAUGGAAGAAACUGACGGCGUUAUCGAAAUGGAGCUGUUAUUAUAUAAAUUAAAUCUUAAUUUAAAAAAAUAAAUGUAAUACAAAUACAACUUUCCUUAACUGGUCUGUUGGGCUGCUUUUAAAAUAUAAACAACGCGGGUAGGUGGAAACAUCAGCGUCUCGCUUUUAUGCAGGUGCUAUAUAUUUAUAAGAAAAUGCAAUGGUUUAAAUGUAUCUACACAAGUUUGUUUGUUUUGUUUCAUCACUGUGCUAGUGAAGAUUUGCAGUUGACAUUUGACAACAGACAUCACUUUGCAUACAAUGAUUCCUACUAUGAGUACGUGCCUGGUCCGCUUCAGUGGAAGGAAGCAACAUGGGCCUGUCACCAAAAGUCUGGAUUCCUUACCACGGUGGCAUCCAUGCAGGAAACUAGGGAGUUGAGCCACUUUUUACAGUCUCUCAACAUAACGGAUACACUCUGGAUAGGAAGGAAGGCAAUGGAUCAUUUAAAUGGUGUUCUGGAGUUCUCUGCUAGGACUGACCAGAAGCAUGCCAGGAUCAUGCAGCAGUUCCCUAACAUGCAGUCUGUGACUGUCUGUGCUUACAUUCAGUUUGAUCCAAGUUGCUUGGGAGUGUCCACUGUGUUCUCUUAUUCCAUUCAGUCAUUUAUUAAUGAGUUCCAGCUUCGUGCUAACAUAGUCCAUGGGGAGCCUAUCCAGCUGGCUUUGCUUGUACAUGGUAUACACAGCCCUUAUUCAGUUGCUGGGGAUAAUGAUGGUCUUUGGCACUUUGUGUGUGUUAGCUGGACCCGGGAUGAUGGCAGGUGGGCUAUCUCCAUGGAUGGAUCUAUCAUCGGUUCUGGGGACAAGCUCUUCCUGUCUGAUGACAUUGGCCGGGAUGGUGUUUUCAUUAUCGGUCAGGAGCAGGACACUUUUGGCGGCUCCUUUAAGAAGGAAGAGUCUUUCACUGGAAACAUCACACAACUGCACAUGUGGGACCGGGUGUUGAACUCCAGUACAAUUCAGUCCAUGGCGAGGGACUGUUCAGUGAUUUCAGAGGGAUUAUUUUUUACAUGGAACUUCUCAGUACUUCAACUCGAGCCUUCUGUGAAGAUACAUUGGGUAUUUUCCCAGUGUCAAGAUAACAGAAGCCAAACUGUUGGCCAAAUGCCAUUUGAUUGGAUAGAUGGAGGGUCGAUAUCAUACCAUAACUUCUCAUUAAAUGUCAACUACAUGCCAAAUACUGGAGAAUGUGUGACCAUUGACCCUGUAACUGGAAGCUGGGGUUUGGAAAUCUGUUCCAAGCCAAAGAGAGCCCUCUGUCAGUAUGACAAAGAUGUAUAUGAACAUCUGCAACGAUUUUCUUUAAUACCACAGACUUCAUUUUUUUUUACUGUGAGCAGAGAACCUCUAGUCAGCGCCGUGAUGGAUGAGCUUCAGAUAAACACCACAGGGAUCCAACGAAACCUCUCCAGAGUGAACAGUCUCACUGGAGUGAUGUUGAAAGUGUUGGAUGAGAACCCAGACAUCCUUACCUCUGCUGACCUCCUCUACCUUACUCAGUUUAUGGGGACUGUGGUAGAGCUUGGUGUUGUGGAGAUGGAAAAUGCCUCAGAAGCCUUUGUAUCUUUGGCCACCAACUGGUUCAAGUUAGCCAGUAAAAUCAUUGAUACAGGACUCUCUGCACAGUGGCUGGAGCUGACCGAGCAGGUGGUGAUUCCGGGACCAUUUGCAGUGAUUAAAAACAUAGAUAGCUUGGCUGUAUUGAUGGCUGAUACACUGUCGAUGGCGGGAAUGAGCUUCACCCUGUCAACUAAGAACAUAGACUUGCACAUAGAGCCCCGGACGUUGUCCCACUUGAGUUGUGGCUGUGUGUUUAAACCCGGGACCCUCGGCAGUCACUCUGGUAAUCAAGAUGAAAUACAGAUCCCAGAUACUGAGGUGUCAAGGUUACAUGCGAUGGGAUACAGAGAACUUACAUUUAUACAUGUAUACUACAGUCACCUUGUGGACCUUCAAGCAAAUCUGUACCAAGAACCUGUCUUGCAUCAGCAAAAGACAGACAGCAGUUCACAGGCAGGUAGACUCACAACCGCUGUUAUAUCAUCGACAGUGCGGGAUCCCAGUACAAGAAGGGAUAUUCCGGUAGCUGUUCAUUACACAUUAUCACAUGCAGAACUGGUGGGAUAUACUCAGUUUCCUUUUGCAGUUUGUGUGUUUUGGAAUUUUAGCUUGAAGAAUGGACAUCAAGAAGGAUGGUCAAGUGAAGGGUGUCAGGUGAUGCGCUUGGGGUCACAGGUUACUUCCUGCUUUUGCAACCACACAACAAAUUUUGCAGUGUUGAUGAAAUUUAUAGAAGUAAAGUGGAGCCCAGAAGAGGAGAGUAUUUUGACUAAGCUGACUUUCAUUGGGUCUGGAGCCUCCCUCUGUGCGUUAGUGAUGACCUUGAUGCUCUUCACAGUGCUUGACAUUCCAAAAUCUGAUCGGACUUCCAUUCACAAGAAUCUGUUCUUAGCUCUGAUUGCUGCACAGGUAGUGCUUCUGAGCAGCGGGUCGGCCACAAGCAAUAAGGUUGCCUGCACUGCGGUGGCUGCCCUGCUGCACCUGUUCUUCAUGGCAGCGUUCACCUGGAUGCUGGUGGAGGGGCUCCUGCUGUGGAGCAAGGUGGUGACUGUGAAUCUGAGCGAGGAGAGGCGCAUGAAGUAUUAUUACCUGAUCGGCUGGGGUCUCCCUGUUCUAAUAGUCAGCAUCACCCUGGCUGCAACUUCGGAGAAAUAUUCUGCAGAUGGGCAUUGCUGGCUGAGUGUCAAAAACGGAGUCAUUUGGGGUUUUGCAGGCCCUGUUAUCUGUAUUAUCAUGGUGAAUAUACUGGUCCUCACACGGGUGGUAUUGAUCACCUUAUCCACUGCUAAGCGGAGGGCAAUAAUGCUUGCUUUGAACAGCAGUCCUAUUGAGCAAGCUUAUGAUCAGAUCCGGGCUGCUGUGAAAGCUGUGUUAGUGCUCUUACCCAUCCUGGGGCUUACGUGGCUGUGUGGAGUACUGGUACCCUUCUCUAUAGUAAUGGCUUACAUCUUUGUGCUUCUCAACUCACUGCAGGGCCUCUUCAUCUUUCUGAUAUAUGGGGUGUACAACACAGAGGUACGGAGCACAAUCGACAGAAUUAAAGAAAGAAGAAGAGCUCAGAACUUCUCGAAUUGUGCUAAUUCACGACCUUCCAGCUCCGUGACCAGCUCCAGACCCGCCAGCUCCCCGGCUCUCGGACUGCAGGACCUCAGCCACGACCUCGGCCUAGGCAGCCACUGUGCCAGCGAGCCAGACCAGCAGAACAUCCCCAACAAGCCAGACAGCAGCAUGGUGUAUGAAAACUCAGCUGCCACCAGUGACCGGCAGCUGUCAAUCCCUAGUCUGCCACGAGGGCCAGAUGAAGACUUGCCUUGCUUCACUUUGGGCUCCUUAACCCCUGAACAGCGAACCGUAAUUUGCAGAGGAAAAAAUCCCACGGGAGGGAAUGGGAUAAUAGUCACUCCGUGAAGGCUAACUGCUGUGGUGUAGAGGAAGAGAGAUCAAACUCCCAGGCUGCAAGGGGGAGAGUGAGAGCACACAUUUUAAAAAGGAUUGUUCCCCCGCCAAUAUACAGACGUGCUCAAAUUUGUUGGUACCCUUACAACUCAUUGAAAUAAUGCUUCAUUCCUCCUGAAAAGUGAUGAAAUUAAAAGCUAUUUUAUCAUGUAUACUUGCAUGCCUUUGGUAUGUCAUAGAAUAAAGCAAAGAAGCUGUGAAAAGGGAUGAAUUAUUGCUUAUUCUACAAAGAUAUUCUAAAAUGGCCUGGACACAUUUGUUGGUACCCCUUAGAAAAGAUAAUAAAUAAUUGGAUUAUAGUGAUAUUUCAAACUAAUUAGUUUCUUUAAUUAGUAUCACACGUCUCCAAUCUUGUAAUCAGUCAUUCAACCUAUUUAAAUGGAGAAAAGUAGUCACUGUGCUGUUUGGUAUCAUUGUGUGCACCACACUGAACAUGGACCAGAGAAAGCAAAGGAAAGAGUUGUCUGAGGAGAUCAGAAAGAAAAUAAUAGACAAGCAUGGUAAAGGUAAAGGCUACAAGACCAUCUCCAAGCAGCUUGAUGUUCCUGUGACAACAGUUGCAAAUAUUAUUAAGAAGUUUAAGGUCCAUGGAACUGCAGCCAACCUCCCUGGGCGCGGCCGCAAGAGGAAAAUCGACCCCAGAUUGAACAGAAGGAUAGUGCAAAUGGUAGAAAAAGAACCAAGGAUAACUGCCAAAGAGAUCGCACCAUCCGUCGUUUUUUGAGCGAAAGUGGGCUCCAUGGAAGAAGACCCAGGAGGACUCCACUUUUGAAAGAAAAACAUAAAAAAGCCAGACUGGAAUUUGUUAAAAUGCAUAUUGACAAGCCACAAUCCUUCUGGGAGAAUGUCCUUUGGACAGAUGAGUCAAAACUGGAGAUUUUUGGCAAGUCACAUCAGCUCUAUGUUCACAGACGAAAAAAUGAAGCUUUCAAAGAAAAGAAUACCAUACCUACAGUGAAACAUGGAGGAGGCUCGGUUAUGUUUUGGGGCUGCUUUGCUGCGCCUGGCACAGGGUGCCUUGAAUCUGUGCAGGGCACAAUGAAAUCUCAAGACUAUCAAGGCAUUCUGGAGCGAAACGUACUGCCCAGUGUCAGAAAGCUCUGUCUCAGUCGCAGGUCAUGGGUCCUCCAACAGGAUAAUGACCCAAAACAGACAGCUAAAAGCACCCAAGAACGGAUAAGAAAAAAACAUUGGACUAUUCUGAAGUGGCCUUCUAUGAGUCCUGAUCUGAAUCCUAUCGAACAUCUAUGGAAAGAGCUGAAACUUGCAGUGUGGAGAAGGCACCCAUCAAACCUGAGACAGCUGGAGCUGUGGGCCAAACUACCUGUUAACAGGUGCAGAAGUCUCAUUGAGAGCUACAGAAAAUGUUUGAUUGCAGUGAUUGCCUCUAAAGGUUAUGCAACAAAAUAUUAGGUUAGCAGUCCCAUCAUUUUUGUCCAUGCCAUUUCCAUUUGUUUUCUUAUUUACUAUAUUAUGUUGAAUAAAAUAAUCAAAAGCAAAGUCUGAUUUCUAUUAAAUAUGGAAUAAACAAUGGUGGGUGCCAAUUACUUUUGUCAGUUUCAAGUUAUUUCAGAGAAAAUUGUGCAUUCUUCGUUUUUUGUGGAGGGGUACCAACAAAUUUGAGCACGUCUCUGUAGAACUCCUCUGUUUGUAUCCUGGGACACUAUCACCCUUCAUUUAAAUGUGCUUUAUUUUGCUCUUAUCUGCCCCCUAUUUUACUGCAUUUAAUCCUGUACUUCAGAAUACUGUAAUCUGCCAAGUGUUUAACCUGUAGUAUUUUGUAUUUAAUCAUAUCCUGAUGUAACUAUCACUAUUAUCUGCUGUAUUAUUGAAUUGUGGUUUGUCACACUUGAACAAAAGUUAUUGUAUUUCUUGCUCUUAUUGUACUACUUGUAUUGUAACACUUGAAAUGUAUUUGCUUACGAUUGUAAGUCGCACUGGAUAAGAGCGUCUGCUAAGAAAUAAAUAAUAAUAAUAAAAUAAUAAUAUUACUGA